UAAUUCACAGUCACCCAGGAUCCCUAUGGGACAGGAUGCCUUCAUGGAUCCCUUUGGCCGCAAAACUCAUUUUCUGCUGUACGAGAUAUGCAUCCUGGCAAUAGGCUCUUGUGGAGCUGUUACAGUCACAGUGCCAAACAAAUUGAUCCUGGGCAUUGUCGGACAGCCUCUAUUGCUCCCCGCAAACUACACCACAGGAACUAAAGAUCAGAACAUUCAGAUAACCUGGACUUUUCAAAGCCAAUCUUCAGGCUCUAUGCUUCUGGUAACUGCUAUCAACAAUACCUUGACUCCUGACAUGGAACAUGGGCAUAGGUUUUUCUUGUCCCCUCCCAGUGCCUCACUGUUGAUUAACCCAGUGGAAAUACGAGAUGAUGGUGAAUAUACUAUAAAAGUGACUGUCUCUGGGGUGAAGGUGGCAUCAGCUAGUCGACAACUGACAAUACUUGUCAAUGUUCCUGUUUCUAAACCAGUGGUGCGCAGUGAUCCAGCUUGGGGAGCAGUGGAGUAUGUCGACAAUGCAACACUCACCUGUACUGUGAAUAAAGGCACAAAGGUCAUUUAUCAGUGGCUAAAAGAUGGAAAACCCUUAAAGCCAAGCUCUCGUCACAUCUUUUACUCAGACAACAAGAUGCUGUUCAUUUCUCCUGUUUUAAAAGAUGACCUUAGUAAUUACACAUGUGUGGCAAAGAACCCAAUCAGUACGAAUGAAAGUGAACCAAUUGCACCGAAAAUUUACUAUGGUCCCUAUGAUUUGAUGGUCAAGUCUGAACCACGAUUCAAAGUUCGUGAAGGAGUGUUUGCUGCUGGCAAAGGAGAGCCAGUCUGGUUUAAAUGUUCAGCAAAUUCCAACCCACCAAAUGUCUACUCGUGGUUCCAGAAAGCUGACAACAAGACAACACCCAUCCAGUUGGGGCCAGUGUUAAAUAUCAAGUCUGAGAAAGUACCUGAGAAAGCUGACUACAUGUGUUGUGUCUACAACAAUAUCACUGGCAAACGGGAUGAAACUCAAUUCACUUUCAUACUCUCCGCUACUGUUAUUAAAGAGGAGCUGUACCGCAGGUCACAAGCAGACUAUAUACAAGCACGCCAAGUUUCAGAGGAACAAGAACCUCCUCUAGAUGAUUAUGGAAUAUAUGAAUUUGUUGCCGUGCCAGAGGCAGCAGAGUUUCAACAGGUUCGGCCAGAUAAAUUAAGUACAGUGUAUGAUAUUAUUCGAGUACCAGAUGUUCGCACUACAGUUUAUGAUGUAAUUUGCCAUUCACCAAAGACAUCCUGAUGCCUGAUCACAAC